AUGUGGGCUGCGACUGUUCUCUUCCCAUUCAUACUUCUUGUUACUUCAGCUCUAAAGCUACCUGGUGGCCUAGAAGAUGGCGUCUACCGCAUGUACCUUGACGAGCAUGGUAACGAGAUUCAUGAGAGCAUCUCUACCCCAGCAUUGAAAGAAAUCGCAAAGGCUUCCAGUGCUGCGCAAGAUAUUUCUGACAACGUUGAAACGCGGUCAAAUGAGGUCGAGUACGUGGAGUCCUUCUGUGGAUGUGGCUUUGACCUAGUACACUCAGACUGUGAUGCCGCCGUAGCCAGCCUCGAAGCGCAACUUGGAACAGGGGUAUUAAUCACAGAGCUAUCCUACUAUGCUAUAAAAGGUGCUGUCGUGGCCUUUGUGUGCAACCGUGGCUAUGGUUUUGAAAUCAAUAGCGACGACUAUGCCAGGGGUAUUGGUGGGGUAACAAGCGUAUGUGGUCGUUACGUUGCAGGAAGUCUAGAAGGGUAUAGCUUCGACGAUGGCGGUUAUGCAGAUGUUGGGUACAUGCAGUACUAUGCUGGCUUGAAUUUCUGUGAACAUGCAGAGGGCUCUGGAUCGUCUUCAUGCUGA